AUGACUUCGCUGCCUCCCGCUCGCUGCUGCACUCUUGGCAACCUUCACGAAGGUGAAGCCCAAGGCGAAAUCCGGGACAUUGGGAAAAUCUCCACCUACUUCGCCUACCCCCCAGACAAGUCCGCUACCGAGAACGCCAUCCUCAUCCUGACGGAUGUCAUUGGCCACCAGUUCAUCAACGCCCAGCUGCUGGCUGACAAGUUCGCCGCCAAUGGCUACCUCGUCGUCAUGCCGGACCUGUUUGAGGGCGACACCGUGCCCCUGAACAGGCCCGAGGGCUUCAAGAUCAUGGACUGGCUGCAGAACCACCUGCCCCAGCACGUCGAGCCCAUCAUCGACGAAGUGAUCAAGGAGAUGCGCGAGAAGCUUGGCGUCAAGCGGAUCGGUGGUAUCGGCUACUGCUUCGGCGGCCGCUACGUCUGCCGGUACCUGAAGCCUGGGACCGGCAAGCUGGAGGUGGCUUACACUGCCCACCCGACCAUGGUUGGGCCGGAUGAGCUCGCGGGCAUUGAAGGCCCCCUGAGCAUUGCUGCUGCGGUCAAGGACUUUGUCUUUACCACGGAGAAGCGUCACGAGUCGGAGGAGAUUUUGGCCAAACUGGAUGUGCCGUACCAGAUCAACUUGUUCUCGGACGUCGACCACGGGUUCGCCGUCCGCUGCGACUUGACCCAGCGCCGGCAGAAGGCCGCCAAAGAGGCUGCUUUUACGCAGGCAGUUCAGUGGUUUGAUUUGUACUUGAAGGAGUAA